AUGAAGGCACCAGAUUUUGAACCAAGGCCACAGCAAAUGGAUGGAAAGGGGGGGGGACGUGGCAAGAACAAAUUCGAAAUGAAGGCGACGGCAUAUCUAUUGCGCCAGUUGCAUCUCUCCGACAUUGAUCGGAACUGUCUUGUUGACGCCGACAGGCGCCGUCCUGUCACACCACACAGACAGCUGCGCACAGCCCACGUAGAAAGGGCUCAGGAUAACAGGCCGGUAAGAAAGUGGCUGGAUCAGCAGGAUCAGCAGGAUCAGCAGGAUCAACAGGAUCAGCAAAACUCCUGUUGUUGCUAUGCGGAUGUAAACAUGUCAAGCAACAUCGUCGAGGAAUGGUUAAGAUCCUUACAUUUGGGCCAGUAUGCAGAGUCAUUCAUUGACAAUGGUUAUGACGAUUUGGAAAUAUGUAAGCAGGUAGGGGACCCUGACUUGGAUGCUAUCGGUGUGUUUAACCCCUCACAUCGCAGUAGGCUACUUCAGUCGAUUCGUACGUUGAGAGAAGAAGGUGCAGCUUCUGUGUAUUCUACUUUAGAAGAAACUGCAGCUGUCCAUGAAGACUGUCAGUGCGACACUUCAAGCGCUCGCUCGUCUAGAACCUUGUCCGCACACCAAGGCUUUACAGACAAGGAGCAGCAGCAGCAGCAGCAAAGUGGUCAACGUUGUGGAACGGGCGGUAGCCCUGCUUCUUCUUCUGCUGAUAGUGCACAGGAACUCGGCAAGUACCUUGAUGAAUAUGAAGAGGGGAAAGCAGAACUUGUCAAGAUACCGCGCCUUCAGUUGAAACUGUUGCUGAAAGAUAAACUUAGUCAGGAUGGUAUUCGACUCAGCUGCCAGCCCUAUUCGACCUCGUCGGGUGAGCGCGGAUACUUGGAGGGUCUUGCUUCGAGGUACGCGGACCUGUUCAACACUCACUAUGGAGACGUUUUGGAGCACCUGGAGGAUCUCCGACGGCGAGAGUGGGAAGAGUUGUCCCCUCGGAUCAGGGUCCUCGUGGGCACGACUCCAGGUACUCCGCCUUCAGACGCGUACUCCCCCAGCACCACGGGCCCUGUUAGGAGCAUCGUCGGGCAACACUCCCCACAGGGUCAUCAUGGGCUUACGACUUCACACUCGCAGCCUAUAUACGUCCCCGGCAAGUAUUCGCCGUCCAGUUGUCUUAGUGACAAGGAGGAAGACGAGAUAUACGGCUGUGGGUACGGCGUGUAUGGGAAACAGAUGUUGCACAGGCAGCAGCAACAGAAGAUGAUCGUUUCACCGCAGGUCAACUACCAGAGCUGUCUUAGUCCGAGGUCCGCUUACUUCUAUGAAUUUCCGCCUAAUGAGCAAAGUGGAGGCCAGCAGACGAACAAGAAGAGGACAACAUUCUCGCGGUUCCUGAGAGGUCUGAAGACUGGACACCGCAAGGAGAAGCACUCGGGGAGCUCCCCGAGACAUACACGAUCGAAUGCAAGGGGACUCCAGGCUAGCAGGGUGGGAACUCCAGACAGUGUGGCGGAGAGCAUGCUGUCAUCUAUCGUGGACCCUAGGGACUACGACCGACUUCGAUUUAUGCAAAUGAACGGAGGCACGGGAAACAGUUUUGAGGAAACCAUCCACAGGCUUAAAGUCCAGGAGGCUCUGAGGAAAAGAGAAAGAUUCCACAAGGAACAUGAAGAGAUAUUGCGUGAUAUUCGACAAGGGUUGUUGCAAAUUGGAAGGGAAGGAGUAAGACCAGGUUUGCCCAGGGAUGAUGACACGUAUAUGUAUGAUGACGAUGCUCGGUGUUCUGGCAUUGGGCCUCAUUGGUAUGAUGAACCUCCGUAUGAAAGCGAUCCAGAAGACUUCUUGAUGGGUAGCAAUGCAGGUCAGCCUGUUCCACUUGGUGCGAUUCAGAAUGGCAGGGUUUCUUUCACUCUUGACUUGAGGUCAGAGCCUCGGGGUGAGGGAGUAAUUUCUCUUCGGACAGCUGGGGACAUUUCCAUACCACGUGACCCAUCAAUUAAUGGGCCAGGAGCAUGGCUUCAUCAUGCCCAUGGAUUUGGAAUAACGGGAGGAUCUACACUUACUCCUCGAGGGUCUGCACGCAGGGGACUCCUGGUUCCCCAGUCUGGCCCGUAUCCUGCCACCAUCAUUCCCCUUGGUGGUGGAGGUGGACCACACAUGAGAGAUACACGAGGUGAUGACUAUGCAGGAUCGGAUGUCCAGAGUAUAGGAUCACGCCUGUCCACCAUGUCAAUUGACACUAGCAGAUCAGAACAACUAGAAGGUCAUUGUGGCAUUGCAUCACCUGCCUAUCUGUCUGUACAUGGAGGCAAAGGACAGCCCUUCAGAAAACUUGUUGCAUACACGAGCCGGAGUAGUGCAAGUGAGGAGGGUCUGUCCCCAAGUCAGAGUUCUGAUUAUGAAGACCAGGAGGAUCUUGAGACAGUUCAGCACUCCAUCACAAUCCACAGUGCUGGUGAAACAGGCGGUCAUAGUAGUGGAGUGUCACUGGUUGGUCGUAUGCGUGGACUGAGGCAAGAUGUCCAGAAGAAGAUAUCACGAUUGCGGGCAUCUGGACCAAAUCCUCCUCCUCCAGCACCAGCUCCAGCAGUGGCAGAAGGCAGUGAACGAAGAGGAGAAGCAUUCCCUUCUACCAGUUCUGUUGAGAGUUUGCCUAGUGGCUCUGGGUCUAGCACACAAGCUCUCGUUCCUGCAGCUGGAAGUAACCACAGCUCCUUAUCUGCAGAAGACCGUGACUCAAGUCCAGUCAGCAUUCCUACUCCCACAUCGGUUAUAGCUCCUGUAAUUGGAAAAGCCCGAGCUCUUGUAGACUAUACACCGAGUCCGUACGAUAAGGACGCUCUUAGAUUUAAGAAAGGAGAUGUUAUUGAUGUGGUGGCAAAGAAUGCAAGUGGACUGUGGAAAGGGGUACUGCACAACCGAGUUGGAAAUUUCAAGUUCAUCAACGUGGAGCUGCUAAGUGAGAAGAUGUGCCAACGAGUGACAGGUGGGAAGUACAGUGGUAGACGCUGUGGGUCCAGUGCUAGAGGCAGGCCCCAUUCUGUGGAAGAAUUGCUUCAGAGGAUGAACAUGGAGGAGCACAUUUCUGUGUUUGUCCUCAAUGGGUAUGAGGACCUAGAGCUGUUCAAGGACCUAGAGGGAGAGGAUCUGGAUUAUUUGGGAAUUAGCAACCCCGAACAUCGAGCAAAGAUCCUUACAGCUGUUGAACUGUUGCAUGACUAUGACUCACCAGACAGCCCAGCAGACACAGAUGGUGAUGGUCCAGUGUCUAGCAGUGAGGAUGAUGAGGAUGAUGCUGGGUCCAUUAGCCAGCAUUCUGAAUGUUCCGCCUUGCAGCAGCGUCCACUAGAUGCUUCCAAGUCUUCCUUCCAACGGCUCCAGUUCCCUCGCGACUCUGGAUGCUAUGACUCAUCCAUUACUGCCAUGAAAGAGCAUCUACAUGCGCAUCACCGGCACCACCAUCACAAGAAGUCUGUCCCACUAGGCUCCGCCCUUCGCCACCACAAGGCAUGUGAGGAGGACUCUUCAAAGUGCAGCAAAGAGGGUACAUGUCAAGUGAAAGAAGGAUGUGUGGGUUUGCUUAGAUCACAAGGAGAACGUACCAUGAGGACGCACAGUAAUCGUAGAGAAAUUCCUAAUAAUUUAGAUUCAGGUUUAGUUGCAUCAUUGCAACAUUCUCUGCUUCAACAGUGUUCAGGUGGAAAUAGGAGUGGUGGUGUAGGGGUGGGGACUGUGGAGGGUAGUGAGAUGCAUUACAGAGGGAGUGGUGCUAAGCUGCAAGGUGCAAUGGCCGAUGUUACAGACUUGAGUAAACAAGGUAUGGUACACACAUCUUCUCUUCCUCAACAACAGAACUUCCAUCCCAAUAUACCUGUCACUUCAUCCAGUUUGACAGCUUCUCCUGUUAACCAUUUCCCCUCGGUUGAUUUCACAGGUAUAAUGGGUGGUGGGAGAAGUUUAAUUAGUGCUUCCUCCGUUUCUACUUCCAUUUCCUUCUCUUCUCCAGUAAAAACUUGUGCUGGAAAUUCCUUUGGUGCUGAGCAUAAAUCGGAUUCAUAUGUGGUAGCACGAGGGAAGAACGUGACAGUGGAAUCAUGUCGAAAGGCAGGAAACCCAUCAGCUCCACUGCCUGUUGGAAGUUUGAGAAGCAGCAACAAGCAGCAAGUCCUUUCAGAUUCCCCUCACAGCAUACGUUCACCGUCCAAUCCAUUCUGUGCUGUAACAACGAACGCCUCCAUGGUAGAUGUUUCACCUCAAGUUGCAGCAACACCAUCUCCUUGUAGUGGGGGUGGCACUGGAACCAUUAUAGUUUCAGAAGACUCUUGUGAAGCAAACACCAAACUGACAAUGGUGAAAUAUGUGGUAGGAGGCAACAGUGAUUUAGGACUUGGCUGUGAGGGUGGCAAUAUGAUGGGUACGGGACGAGGGGGUUGCUGUCUUAGUGAAAAGUCCAGUGACUCUGGGGUUAGCUCCAGUUCAGUAUCUUCUGGUAAUCCUAAGGAGAACUGUAGCAGGAAAGAAGGCAAAACAAUUGUUCAGAAUAAUGCGGGUCAGUCUGUUGUCGAGAGUCCUACGAGAGGCUUUGUCAGCUACGGUAGCUGCAUCAAUAACAAUCAUCGAUCGUCUCCUACUAAGAAUUCCAAUAAGGGUCUUGUACUACAAGGUUCUGAUAAGAGUACUUAUCAGUGAAGUAAUAUAUCAAUUAAUUUUGAAAAAUCAAGAAAUCUCGACAACUCAUAUCAAAAACUUAGUCAGUGAUAUAAACAAAAGUAAUGUCCUCCUAGUCUUUUAUUCUUCUUUCUGAUGUAAAGUUUUAAUUGUUGUAAUGCAACAUGAGACAAUGAGCUCAAAUUUGUCAUUGUUAAGAUCUGCUUUUUGAUUUUGUUUUCUUUGACAAUUUUGAGAGGCAUUAUAAAUUAUAGUGAUGAUUGUACCCAAGACCUUUUCAUCAUUGUACAUCCCUGUAAAAAUAUAGUAACUAAUCUAUACAAAACAUGGAUUAUCUUGCUCACCCUUGAGUAACAGAAUAAAACUGUCUUUUACUGAAAA